GCCGGUGUACAACUGGCAGGCGACGAAGCCGACGGUGCAGGAGCGGUUCGCGUUCCUCUUCAACAACGAGGUGCUCAGCGACGUGCACUUCCUGGUGGGGAAGGGCCGCGGCUCCCAGCGCAUCCCGGCGCACAGGUUCGUGCUGGCCGUGGGCAGUGCUGUCUUCGAUGCAAUGUUUAAUGGUGGGAUGGCCACAACCUCUACAGAGAUUGAGCUGCCUGAUGUGGAGCCUGCUGCCUUCCUAGCUCUGCUCAAAUUUCUUUACUCAGACGAAGUUCAGAUUGGACCAGAGACUGUUAUGACAACACUUUACACAGCUAAGAAAUAUGCAGUUCCAGCCCUGGAAGCUCAUUGUGUGGAGUUUCUUAAAAAAAACCUCCGAGCAGACAACGCAUUCAUGCUGUUAACUCAGGCCCGGCUGUUUGAUGAGCCCCAGCUGGCCAGCCUGUGCCUGGAGAACAUAGACAAGAACACCUCAGAUGCCAUCAAUGCAGAGGGGUUUACAGACAUUGACCUGGACACCCUGGUGGCAGUGCUGGAGAGGGACACCCUGGGGAUCCGGGAGGUUCGCCUGUUCAAUGCCGUGGUGCGCUGGUCGGAGGCCGAGUGUCAGCGGCAGCAGCUCCAGGUGAUUCCAGAGAACAAGCGGAAGGUUCUGGGCAAAGCUCUCUCCCUUAUCCGCUUCCCACUGAUGACUAUUGAGGAGUUUGCAGCAGGGCCUGCGCAGUCGGGGAUCCUGACGGACCGGGAGGUGGUGAGCCUGUUCCUGCACUUCACGGUGAACCCGAAGCCGCGGGUGGAGUUCAUCGACCGGCCCCGGUGCUGCCUGCGGGGCAAGGAGUGCAGCAUCAGCCGCUUCCAGCAGGUGGAGAGCCGCUGGGGGUACAGUGGGACGAGUGACAGGAUCAGGUUCUCAGUAAACAAAAGGAUAUUUGUAGUUGGGUUUGGAUUAUACGGAUCCAUACACGGGCCAACGGAUUAUCAAGUGAAUAUACAGAUCAUCCACACAGACAGCAACACGGUGCUGGGGCAGAACGACACCGGCUUCAGCUGUGACGGCUCAUCCAACACCUUCCGGGUCAUGUUCAAGGAGCCUGUGGAGAUUUUACCCAACGUCAACUACACAGCCUGUGCUACUCUAAAGGGUCCAGAUUCCCACUAUGGAACCAAAGGACUGCGCAAAGUGAUCCAUGAAUCACCAACAACGGGAGCCAAAACCUGCUUUAUGUUCUGUUACGCGGCUGGGAACAACAAUGGCACCUCUGUGGAGGAUGGACAAAUCCCAGAGAUCAUCUUCUACACAUAGUGCCAC